AUGUCUAAUAAUACCAUACCAAUCAACAGGCGAACACAAUCAUUGAGUAGCGUUAAUGUGCUAUCGAAAAAACCAGAUAUAAUCAAUCUAUCAUCAUUAUCUUUUUUAUUCAGUGCAAUUAUCAGUCAUUAUCAUCAAAAAUCAAUAAAUAUACAAGAUCUUGAGAACCGAUUGAAUGGGAUUGGAUAUCAAAUAGGUCAAAGGUAUUUAGAAUUGAUUAAACUACGAGAAGGAUUCAAAUUGAAUAAAAGAGAAAUUAAAAUUAUCGGAAUACUACAAUUCAUUCAUGGACAAUUUUGGAAAACUAUAUUUGGUAAAAUUGCAAAUGAACUUGAAAAAUCUCAAGAUAUUAAUAAUGAAUAUAUGAUUACUGAUAAUGUACCUCUACUAAAUAGGUUCAUAAGUAUACCUAAGGAUUAUGGAGAUUUAAAUUGUUCUGCAUUUGUUGCAGGAAUAAUAGAGGGAGCAUUAGACAGUGCAGGUUUUAAUGCUAAUGUUACAGCUCAUAAUGCUUUUACUGAGGCUAACCCGUUAAGGACUGUUUUUUUGAUUAAAUUUGAUGAUCUGGUAAUGGCGAUGCAAAAUGCGAAUCUACAUAAUUUACCUGAAAACUAUCAAUUAAAAUAUUACAUGUAUCAUAUUUUAAGUUGGCCACAAGCUUCAUUCGUCGCAACCACUACAACAAUAGAUUCUGGAGAAGAAAAAGUUGUUGGUUAUGUAUUGGGGAAAAUGGAAGAUGAUCCGGAAGCAACAGAUAAAACAUUACAUGGUCAUAUAACUUCUUUGUCAGUUAUGAGGACAUAUCGUCGUAUGGGAAUUGCAGAGAAAUUAAUGAGACAAUCACUUUAUGCAAUGUGUGAACUGUUUGAUGCUCAAUAUGUCUCAUUACAUGUUAGAAAAUCAAAUAGAGCUGCUUUACAUUUGUAUAGAGAUUCUUUACAAUUUGAAGUUCAACUGAUUGAAAAAUCUUAUUAUCAAGAUGGUGAAGAUGCUUAUGCUAUGAGAUUAGAUUUGAAAAUAGAUGAAUUGUUGCCGUCAUUAUCACAAAAGGGAAUAGAGGAUGAUUUAACAAAGGAUUUACUAGAGGAUAUACUAGUGUAA